GUCAAAGAACGCUAUGCUGAAAAUGUUGUACUUGUAUUUCAGACGUUAGUUUAAAACUCGACUCAUGUUUUGACAGUUCCGCGUGUGUGGAAGAACCCUCACCCCGAGGUACACGUGGGGUGGGGGGAGGGGAUCGGCGUCUGACCUGGCGUUGUCGCUGGGGCCCAUUAUGAUGCACGCGCUGUAUGCCGGCAGCAGGGUAGGCAGAGUGUGUCGGGCUUUGAACAAAGCGAGGCAGGGUUAGAUCAGCGCUCGGACACGGUUCACCUGGUUCUUUGUGUCCAGCGCUCUUCUCGCUUUCAACCAAUCACAGCGCACUGAAUAAUUGAUACACGGCGCUGAUUGGAUGAAAUCCGUAGUGGGCUUGCGAUGUGAGUUGCGAAUCUACUGUGUUCUGCGAGGGAACAACAUAGAGAUUUUCCAAGCGUAUUGAUAAUAGAAGCCCGUGUGGGAUCGAGCCAGUUGAGAGACGACCAUUGUCAGCUUCAGUCUGAGAGCUUGUGUGUGAGACCCGACUUAAGGGAGCGGCUGAGCCAGUGUUUCACUCAGUCCUUUCUGUAGGGGUUAGCAGCUUGCAACCGAAAUCUUUCUGUAUUUUGACAGUUCCCGACGUAUUUUCACAAAAUCAAUAUGUCAGAUACAGACAUGGAACUGUUGACUCCAAGUCCCUUCAACCGCUACUGCGAGUACGGUUUCCGUGAAGACAGCAUGGACAGCCUGCCCUCGACGUCCGACACCAGCAGCAACGCUUUGUCCUGCUAUCGUUGCGGGGGCGACAUCAUGGAUCAUAUCUACCUCCGAGUGCGCGGGCAUGCGUGGCACGUGCAGUGUCUCCAGUGCUGCGUUUGUUUGACGUCACUAGCAGAGCAGACGUCGUGUUUCAUCGACAACGACGACGUCUACUGCCGUGAUGACUACGUCAGAGAGUGCGCGUCGUCGUGUGAGAAGUGCCAUGAACCUGUGAUGCCGGACGAUUGGGUCCGUCGAUCGCAUGGAUGUGUUUACCACAUGGAAUGUCUGUCGUGUGAUCUGUGUCAGCAUCAGUUCGCUACAGGAGAGGAGUUCUUAAUUCACGGAAGUAAACUGAAGUGCAAGACACACAUCAGAGAGCUAUUUAACGGCAACGUGGGUGGUAUAAAGGUGGUUUCGUCUCCUUUCAACGGGACGUCGUCUCCAGGAGAUAUAGACGGUGACAAGUCAAAACGUCCAAGGACCGUGUUCACGGAGGAACAGACCGGACUAUUAACAAAACUAUUCCAGGAAAACAACAGCCCUAGCACAAAGGAGUUGGAAAAUAUCGCCAUCCUGGCUGGGCUAAGUAAGAAGGUAACUCAAGUGUGGUUCCAGAACGCGCGCGCGAAGAAAAAGAAAACGAUGUACAAACACAGUCUGAAACUGGCCGAGCUCUGACGGGAGGAACGUAAGCCUCCCCCACCCCUCCGUCUCCCCCUCCCCCUCCCCCUCCCCCACUGCCUGGCUAGAGUUGAGGUUGUCCAGGCUUCCCUCCCGAUGUGCAGUACAAGCCAGCUGUAUUCCGACAUCUUAACCCCAAGUGAAGUGCAUUUUGCGCUCCACGAACUAGCAAUGGUGAACUGCGCGUUGAGAACUUAGCAGGUCACGGUGACCCGUCAGUGUCGAAUGGUGCUCUCUACGUGAAUAACCGAGAUGUUACGAGACUUGUUAUACCAUUUACUAAUCAAAACCUACGAAGUCAGCAUUUAGUGAUAUGAAUUAUUUUAUAUGUAUAUACAGCAGUAUUUUAAUAAUAUACGACAUUCGUGAAAAGC